AUGUUGAGUACUGAUAUUCAGAAACUGGAGAAUGGUGGAACCUCUCCCAGAGAAACAACUCCAUUCAUCACUUUUGUCUUAGGGGGUCCUGGCAGUGGAAAAGGCACGCAAUGUAUGAGGAUAGUUGAGAAUUUUGGCUUCACGCACCUAAGUGCUGGAGAUUUGUUAAGACAUGAAAUUUCUUCCAAUAGUGAAUAUGCUCCCAUGAUAUUAAACACAAUUAAGGAUGGGAAGAUUGUUCCUUCUGAAGUAACUGUGAAGCUGUUACAAAAAGCAAUUGAAUCGAUUGACAAUGAUAAGUUCCUGAUUGAUGGUUUCCCAAGAAGUGAGGAGAAUCGUUUGCAAUACGAAAGAAUAAUUGGCAUGGAACCAAAUGUUGUGCUUUUCUUUGAUUGCCCUCAGGAAGAGAUGGUGAAACGAGUGCUAAACCGUAGACAGGGGCGAAUUGAUGAUAAUGAAGAAACUGUGAAGGAGCGUUUGAAGGUAUUCAUGGCACUAACUAUGCCAGUUGUUGAUUACUAUGCCAAGAGAGGAAAAAUUUACAAGAUUGAUGCUACUGGAACAGAAGAUGAGAUAUUUGCACGUGUCCUCCCUGCCUUUGCAUCUUUGCAGUUUGAGAUGGAUUACCUUUUGGGACACUUGACUGGGCAUAGGAAAUUUACUGAGCCAUGCAAAAUUGUCCGAUUGUUUUUGUGGACUGUUUGGCCUAGUUAA